AUGGCGCCAUCCGCUGCCGCUGCAGCCAGCAGCACCGAGGCUGACGGGGCACAGCGCAUGGCCAAGUUCCUCUGCAGUUUCGGAGGCAGCAUCCUGCCCCGCCCCCUCGACGGCCGUCUCCGCUACGUCGGCGGCGACACCAGGAUCGUCAUGCUGCCCCGCGACAUAUCCUACUCCGACCUGGCGGCGCGGAUGCGGGAGCUCUAUGACGAUGCCGAUAUCAUCAAGUACCAGCAGCCUGAUGAGGAUCUUGAUGCACUGGUCUCGGUUGUUAAUGAUGAUGAUGUGGUGAACAUGAUGGAGGAGUAUGACAAGCUCAUUGCUGCGGGAGAGGGGUUCACUAGGCUCAGGGUCUUCUUAUUCUCGCAGCACCUGGAUGAUGAGGCUGCAUCAGCAGCUGUGCAUUACCAUGGGGAUGAGCGGGAGACGGAGAGGAGGUAUGUCGACGCGCUUAACAGCCUUGGUGACAUGAGAUCACCUUCAUCUCCUGUGUCAGUGGAGCAGCUUUUUGGUAUCGGAGGCAAUGAGUCAGGAAUUCCCGAUAUUGCUGGCCUGCGGCAUUUGAAUGUUCCUCGUGCCUCACAUAAUCAGCGGUAUGGGGAGAUGGAUUCUCCUUGGAGCCCUGCAUAUAUCUCUCCGGGGCAGUAUGGAGUGCCUGAUCCAAGGGAUUUUCCCAUUUCACCAUCAUCUGCAAGGUUUCAAGUUGGAGCAGAGGACUUUGAUGAGAGGAUUCCUGAUGAUUUUGUGAGGCAAUCGCCAAAAUAUCGGCAUUAUGAGGCUCAGUCACCGCCACAUGUGGAUAACUUGGUCUGGCUUCCACCUGGUGCUGUAAUUCAGCAAAAUGCUGGCUUCCCAGGGAAUUUGGGCCGCUCCGGCAAUUUCUUGGAUGGAAACAGUGUAUAUGACUCCCGUUCGUCAUUCCAGAAGGGUCAAGGUUCAGUGAGUGAUCCUCGUUAUAUGGAUCCCCGUUGGAGGCCAGUCCAACAACAUUUUGAUCAAUCAAGCAUGGCAAGUGAGUAUUCUGCUCACCCUGCUAUUCAGCGUCCAGAUUAUGGUCGUCCUGGUGAGCAUUAUGUUGUAGGCCAAGAUGUUAGACUGGAAAAUGGUGUUUAUGUGAAAGAGCAAACGGUGCAUCCCAACCAAAGCCAUCAACGGUAUGAGGAUCCAAGGUUGAAUCUGCCUGCUAAUGGUAGAGUGAUGGAUCCGUAUGCUGAUAGCAACUCAGCUAAUUCUGCAUUUGCACCCAGCAAAGUAUAUGAAAUGCAUUCAACAUCUCACAGCCGCUCAAGCCAUGAAAGUCCCCACUAUUAUCAUGGCAGUGGCCAGGGCGAGCAUGUGAGUAGUGGCUCCUAUGUCCAGACAUCAGGUUUUGAAGAAUCGACAGGCCAGCAUUACAGCCAUACUUCAACAUAUGGUGCUGAUACCUUUUACCAAAUGCAGCAGAACUUGCCGCCACUUCAAUCCAUGAGAAGGAGAGCAAGCAGCCCUGUUCACACAGGCUCAUCAUAUGAAUCACCGCACCUGCCGAUCCCAAAUGGGAGCAUCAACUCCAACUUUGUCAGAAACACAGGUGAUGUUAGUCCAAGGAUUCCUGGUAUGCCUGCAUAUGAUCGAGUCCCAAACCCAUGGCCUUCACCCAAUGGCAACAUACCAUAUAGAAUCGUUGGACAUGAUGUUCCCGCUGUUGUUGAGAACCCUUCUUCCCUUGGUUCUCGGUCAGGUCCAAACACUGCUCAGUAUGUUCAGCCUUUCUUUGCCCCAGAAUCAGUCCAGCAGCAACCAGGAGCUCCAUUGGUAGAAAUUUUUCCUGAAAGAGCAUCCGCUGGACCCAUGCUAUCACCGCUUGAUGGUAAAGUAUCUGUUGCUGCGGUACCCCUUGCUGAUCAUUUGUCCAGGUUGGACAUUAACACAACAAAGAAAUUGGAAGGAGCAGAUGAUGAAAGGCACACUCAAAAUGUGACUGAAACAAAACCUUCACACGCUGCGAGUGACCCUAGCACCUUGGUUCACAAUGUUGGAGUUGAUCUCCAACGGGGCAAACCUACAGAACAUGACGGUGGGGCUGUUGCAUUGCAGCAGUGUGGGGAUAUAUCGGAGAACAGAUUAAAUAUCCUUCCAGAGUUUGUUGCCUCUGUUAAAAAGGCUGCACUGGAAGAGUCUGAGAAGCCAGUAGAGGUUCAGCCAGAUGCUCGUCCUGCAAAUUCACCUGUUUGUGAUAACGGCAAUGAUGGGAAGAAGUUUGAUGAGAAUACUGAUGUAGAUCAGGACCCUGAUGUGCAUGGAAGCUGCGACCAGCACAAAAGUUCUGGGAUCGAAACUACACCCGCUGAAGCUGAAGCUUUGUCUAAAGGAUUACAGACUAUAAGAAAUGAUGAUCUGGAGGAAAUCAGAGAGCUUGGUUCGGGUACUUAUGGGUCAGUCUUUCAUGGUAAAUGGAGGGGUUGUGAUGUUGCCAUCAAAAGAAUAAAAGCUAGUUGCUUUGAUGGAAGGCCAUCUGAGAGAGAGCGCUUGAUAGCGGAUUUCUGGAAAGAAGCUCAGAUCCUGAGCUCGCUUCAUCAUCCAAAUGUAGUUUCAUUUUAUGGUGUUGUUCGUGAUGGCCCUGAUGGAAGCUUAGCGACUGUUACCGAGUUUAUGGUCAAUGGGUCUCUCAAACAAUUCCUGAGGAAGAAAGACAGGACAAUUGAUCGCCGCAAAAGGGUUAUAUUGGCUAUGGAUGCUGCAUUUGGCAUGGAAUAUUUGCAUGGGAAGAAUAUUGUCCAUUUCGAUCUCAAGUGUGAGAACCUACUGGUAAACAUGAGAGAUCCACAACGACCGAUCUGCAAGAUUGGUGAUCUUGGGCUAUCAAAGGUGAAGCAGCAUACUUUGGUGUCUGGUGGUGUUAGAGGAACCUUACCAUGGAUGGCACCUGAGCUUCUGAGUGGGAAAAGUGAUAUGGUGUCCGAGAAGAUUGAUGUCUACUCAUUUGGUAUUGUGAUGUGGGAGCUACUUACCGGGGACGACCCUUAUUCUGAUAUGCGUGCAGCUGAAAUUAUUGGGGGCAUCGUGAACAAUUCUCUUCGUCCUCAGAUCCCUUCCUGGUGCGAUCCUGAAUGGAAAUCAUUGAUGGAAGGUAGUUGGGCUGGUGAACCAGCUCAAAGGCCAUCCUUCACUGAAAUAUCUCAAAGGUUGCGGAAAAUGGCCGCGGCAAUGAGAUUUUAUGAAGGCCUUCCAUGGGAGGAGAAACUCAUCACGGACGGUUCUAAAGCGUAUUUGAUGUGA